AUGAAAAAUCUCCUGGCGCUGGUCCGUCCGACAGUGAGGUCGUUUUCAACGGCCAAGCCGAUGAUGAACGCUAUUAAAAUUACUCCACGCGCCGUGGAGCCGGCAAAGGUGCAUGAUAUUGUUUCGUUCAAGGCCAAGUACGCCCAAGCCAGCGACCGCACUCCUCUCAAAGAGGCCCGGGAGCUCUAUGCCCGCAUCCACAUUCACAACUGGACGAUGUUAGUUACUGAGGGAGACAUUAUCAAAAUCCCGGCCAACAUGAAGGACGUCAAGAUUGGCGACACGCUCAAAUUCGACCAGGUCUCCGAGAUUGGCUCCCGCAACCACACGCUGAGUGGAGAGCGUAUUGAUCCUUCGCAGUUCAGCAUCAAGGGCGUGGUGCUCGAGAAGACCCGUGUCAAGCGCUCGGUUACUGAGAAAACUCGUCGCCGCCGCCGCCACGUCCGUAAUGUUGUUGCAAACAACUCCCUCACCGUGAUUCGUAUUUCUCAAAUCCAAGUCGCCUAA